AUGACAGAUCACAGUAGCACAGUGGGGUGGACCUCACAGCAGUGGCGCGAGUUCCAUCGCCGCGCGUCUGCGGACGCAUCGCUCGCCAGGCUGCUGGCGCUAGCACACGCCGAGCGUGACGCCGGGGCGGCGUGGAUUUCCGUCGCUUCCGACGAGCACAUAGAGCACCAAUGGCGCGUCCUGCAAUCGCGUGGCGACCGUCAGCGGCUACCUCUGUACGGUGUGCCGGUCGCGGUUAAGGACAAUAUCGACGUGCGCGGGCUUGCGACGACUGCUGCAUGCCCCAGCUUUGCAUACACGGCGGCGCAGGACGCGACGGCGGUGCGCCUGCUGCGUGAUGCGGGCGCGGUCAUUCUCGGCAAGACCAACAUGGACCAGUUUGCGACGGGGCUCGUAGGCACGCGGUCCCCAUACGGCAGCGUGGCGAGUGCGUUCAGCAGCGCACACGCUGCGGGCGGUUCGUCCAGCGGCUCCGCCGUGGUCGUGGCGCGCGGCGCGGUACCGCUUACUCUAGGUACGGACACGGCUGGGUCCGGACGGGUGCCUGCUGCGCUCAACAACCUGGUGGGGGUCAAGCCCACGCGCGGCACUGUGUCAUGUACUGGCGUGGUGCCUGCCUGCCGCUCGUUGGAUUGUGUGUCCGUCUUUGCGCGGGAUGUCGCGGACGCCCACCGGUGUCUGCGUAUCCUGGCGCGGCCCGAUGGGUCAGAUCCAUACAGCCGGCCUUCCCCGGCGGACGCGCCGCGCCGUUUUGGCACAUGCCCAGUGGUCGGCGUUCCGCGCGAGGCGGAGUGGUUUGGUGAGUCGCAGAACGCCGAGCUGUUUGCGGCGGCCUGCCAGCGCAUGCGCGCAGCGGGCGCUCGUGUGGUGGAGGUGGACCCGCAGCCGCUUCUGGACCUCGGCCGGUCGCUGUACGAGGGCCCGUGGGUGGCGGAGCGGUACGCUGCGAUGCGGGCGUUCUACUCCGGACAGCCCCCGAGGGAUACGCUGGACCCUACUGUGACGGGGAUAAUCACAUCUGCCGGGGGCUACAGCGCGGCGGACGUGUUUGACCAUGGACUUCGGCGGCAAAAACUCGUGGCGGCUAUCGAGGCCGAGCUGGCGGGCGUGGAUGCGCUGCUGGUGCCGACCUGCCCGCUGAACCCGACAUUGGCGGCUAUCGCGGCCGAGCCGCUACUGGUGAACGCGCGGCAGGGCAUGUGGACGAACUUCGUGAACCUGGCAGACCUCGCUGCGGUGGCAAUUCCGGCGGGGUUCCGGCGUGACGGGCUGCCGCAGGGCGUGACGCUGGUGGGCCGGAAGUUCAGCGACCUCGCGCUGCUGGAGCUCGGGAGCCGGCUGCUACGCGUGGAGGACGCGGAGCCGCGGCGCUGCGGGGCGCUUCCCGCGGGCCAGGCCCUGUGCGAGGACGAGGUCGUUAGCGGGAGCGAGGAGCGGGACAGCACAGUUCUGCUAGCAGUGGUGGGCGCGCACCUGCGCGGCCUGGCGCUGCACUGGCAGCUGGACGAGGUGCAGGCCGAGUUUGUGCGCGAAGCGCGCACGGCGCCGUCGUAUAGGCUCUAUGCUCUGCCAAAGACGGGGCCUGUGCUUAAGCCGGCUCUGCGGCGCGUAUGCGCGGGCAAGGGUGCGGCAAUCGAGCUCGAGGUGUACUCGGUCCCCGAGGCGACAUUCGGCCGCUUUGUCGCGAUGGUGCCCGCGCCGCUGGCCAUCGGGUCCGUGGAGCUCGAGUCGGGGGAGUACAUCAAAUCGUUUGUCUGCGAAGAGGACGGGUACAUCCAAGACGGCACAGUCGACAUCACGCACUUCGGCGGCUUCCGCAGAUACGUGGAACAUCUGAGGCGGCAGAGGGACGUAGACAAGCCCUUUGACACGGUUCUUGUGGCGAAUCGGGGCGAGAUCGCCGUUCGCAUUAUCCGCACUUUGAAGCGGCUCGGAAUACGCUCUGUCGCGGUCUAUUCCGAUCCAGAUAGACAUUCCCAGCAUGUGCGUGACGCUGAUGUGGCGGUAGCGCUGGGCGGGAGCUCCGCGGCCGAAACAUACCUGGACAUCGACAAAAUAUUGGCGGCUGCCAAGAAGACGGACACACAGGCCAUCAUUCCUGGAUACGGUUUUCUCUCCGAAAAUGCUACGUUUGCGGAACGCUGUGGGGCAGAGGGUAUAGUGUUUGUCGGGCCGUCUGGAGACUCAAUUCGCAAGCUCGGGCUGAAACAUUGGGCGCGUGAACUCGCCGCAUCGGCUGGCGUGCCGCUGACGAAGGGCACUGGAUUGCUGCAGAGUGCGAGUGCUGCUCUUGAGGCUGGUGAGGAGAUCGGUUAUCCUCUGAUGGUGAAGUCGACAGCUGGUGGUGGAGGCAUCGGUUUGCAACGAGUAGACUCUGCCGCUGAGCUUGCCGCCGCCUUUGAGCAGGUCCAGCGUCAGGGCGAACUGUACUUCACUGACUCCGGUGUAUUUCUAGAGUCCUUCAUUGCACGUGCAAGGCAUGUGGAGGUACAGAUUAUGGGGGAUGGGCACGGUAGGACUGUUGCACUUGGUGAACGCGAUUGUUCGCUGCAGCGCAGGAACCAGAAGAUUAUUGAGGAGACUCCUGCUCCUAACCUACCUGCUCAUACACGACAGAAGAUGCGUCAGGCUGCGCAGCGUUUGUGUUCUGCAGUGAAGUAUAAGUGCGCAGGUACCGUGGAGUUCAUGUAUGAUGAGCAGAAGGACGAGUUUUAUUUCUUGGAAGUGAAUACUCGGCUGCAGGUUGAGCAUCCAAUCACAGAAAUGGUGACUGGUCUUGAUUUGGUGGAAUGGAUGCUGCGCAUAGCAGCCAAUACCCCACCAGACUUUGAUGCGGGAGUCGAAAUAGAAGGCGUUUCCAUGGAGGCUCGUGUCUAUGCAGAAAAUCCCGUCAAGGGGUUCACCCCGUCACCGGGGCUGCUGACCGAGGUGGUAUUCCCGUCUUGGGCUAGAGUAGAUACGUGGAUAUUGAAGGGAACACGUGUGGCGGCCGAGUAUGAUCCGACCUUGGCGAAGAUCAUUGUUCAUGGAAAGGACCGUGAGGACGCUGUGAGUAAACUACUCCUGGCACUGAGUGAGACGCGUAUUGCGGGUUGCAUGACCAACCUCGACUAUCUCAAAUCAAUUGCCUCUUCGGAGGAAUUCCGUAAGGCUUCGGUUUUCACGAGGCUUCUCAACGACUUUGAAUAUACCCCAACGGCUUUUGAGGUGAAGAUCCCCGGUGCAUAUACUACAAUACAAGACUAUCCUGGCCGUGUUGGAUAUUGGCGUAUUGGGGUGCCACCUUCGGGGCCAAUGGAUUCCUAUUCAUUCCGGUUGGCAAAUAGAGUAGUUGGAAACGACUCCAAGGCAGCUGCCCUGGAGAUAACGCUGAAUGGGCCAGAGUUGAAGUUCCAUUCAGAUGCAGUUAUAGCCGUCACAGGUGGCGCUGUUCCAGUUACCUUGAAUGGGAAGCCAGUCCUACAGUACGUCCCGCUCACCCUAGAGAAGGGAGAUGUGCUCAAGAUCGGAAAACUCGAGAGCGGAUCGAGGGCUUAUCUAGCAGUACGGGGUGGCAUAGAUGUUCCCGAAUUCUUGGGGUCCAGGUCAACUUUUGCCAUGGGUGGUAUCGGCGGCCAUAAUGGUCGCGUGUUAGCUCCUGGCGACGUACUAUUUAUUAAUAAAGAUUCCUCCGUCGCCGUUGGUGACACGGUGACAAUACCUUCGGGUUUGCAACCCGUAAUACCCCGCGAAUCAUGGAAAAUUGGGCUAGUAUGUGGGCCUCAUGGCUCUCCAGAUUUUUUCAAGCGUGAGGCACUGGAAGAAUUCUUCUCCAGUCCUUGGAAGGUUCACUAUAACUCCAACAGAUUUGGCAUCAGGCUUAUUGGUCCUAAGCCCAAGUGGGCUAGAUCUGAUGGUGGUGAAGCCGGAUUGCAUCCUUCGAACACACAUGACUAUGUUUACUCCGUGGGCGCUAUUAACUUUACCGGAGACGAACCAGUUAUUAUAGCCGCUGAGGGUCCAUCUCUAGGAGGGUUCGUUUGCGCGGCAGUUGUUCCCGAAGCAGAAUUGUGGAAGGUUGGGCAGUUGAAACCUGGAGACACUAUUAAGUUUGUACCAAUCAGCGUGGAUACCGCUAGAGCGCUAAAAAGAUCACAAGAUGCUGCGGUAGAUGCCCUAGAUAUCCUUUCGUCGAUAAAAUUGGAUGAUUCUAUGGUGUUGCCCAGCUAUCAGGAUCCUGUGCUUCUGAGACUUGCCAAGAGAUCAGGACUAUGUCCUAAGGUGACGUUCCGGCAAUCGGGGGAUAGGUAUAUUCUCAUUGAGUAUGGUGAAAACGAGAUGGAUAUCAAUAUCUCGUACAGAAUCAAGCAGCUUCAAGAGAUGGUGACUAAGAAUAAGGUCACCGGUAUUGUUGAGAUGUCACAGGGGAUUAGGUCCCUGCUGGUGGAAUACAAUGGUUAUACGAUAUCCCAGGAAGACUUGCUAAGUGUGCUGUCCGCAUAUGAGCUGGAAAUAAAUUUUGAUGUUGAUUGGAAGGUAAAGGCCAAGCUAUUCAGACUGCCAAUGGCUUUCGAGGACAGCAAAACCCUAGAAGCAGUCAGGCGGUACCAGGAGACCAUUCGGUCGGACGCGCCCUGGCUACCCAGUAACGCUGAUUUUGUUGCCAAUGUCAAUGGUAUUACACGAGCCGACGUCAGAGACUUGCUGUAUUCCGCCACAUUUAUGGUUUUGGGGCUUGGUGAUGUUUUCUUGGGUGCUCCUUGCGCCGUGCCGCUAGACCCACGGCAGAGACUACUAGGCACCAAAUACAAUCCUUCAAGAACAUACACUCCGAAUGGAGUCGUUGGCAUCGGCGGGAUGUAUAUGUGCAUAUACUGCACAGACAGCCCGGGCGGCUACCAGUUGAUGGGGAGGACAAUUCCCAUCUGGAACCGUUUGCAGCUGGGAGAGGCAUGGAAAGAUCAUCCGUGGCUGUUGACUCCGUUUGAUCAGGUGGAAUUUUAUCCUGUUUCGGAGGAGCGUAUAAAUGAGCUCACUGAGGAGGUCGAGAAUGGCACGUUCGAGCUUGAGGUUAAGGAAACGGUCUUUGAUAACGGGGCAUACAACAGAUGGCUUGAAGAUAACAGGGAGUCUAUUCAGGCUUUCAAGGAGGGGCAGAGUGGCGAGCGUGCCGCGGAGUUUGCGCGGCUGAUCAAAGUCGCGAACUCAGAUCUGGAGACGGCUGUCCGAAAGGAGGCGGAACCUGUGGAGUACCCUGAAGAUGCCCAUAUGGUAUACUCCGAAUACGCGGGCCGGUUUUGGAAGCAGGUGGUCUCCGUCGGGGAUAAAGUCAAAGAGGGCGACAAACUAGUCAUUAUCGAGGCGAUGAAGACAGAAAUGGUCGUCUCGGCAACAGCUGAUGGAGAGGUUAUAAAUAUUCUCCAUGCCAAUGGAGAUAUGGUGGAUGCUGGGAACCUGGUGGUGGUGUUGAAAAAUUGUUAG